AUGGAAGCAGAGAAGAAAGGUAUUAGCAUUGCUAUCGAUAGAGGUGGCACCUUCACUGAUUGUGUAGGAAACCCGGGAACGGGCCGUUUGGAAGAUGAUGUUGUGAUCAAAUUACUCUCUGAAGAUCCCAACAACUAUCAAGAUGCUCCUCUCGAGGGCAUCCGGCGGAUCCUAUCCAGGCUCACCGGCCAUGAAAUCCCGCGAGGUAAAUCGAUUGAUACCUCUCUAAUCCAGAGCAUACGAAUGGGCACCACGGUUGCGACCAAUGCAUUACUAGAGCGCAAAGGAGAAAGAAUCGCACUAGUAGUGAGUAAGGGGUUUCGAGACUGUCUGCAGAUUGGUAACCAGUCACGCCCUCGGAUCUUCGACCUCAAUAUCAAGCGUCCGGAGGUGCUCUAUGAAGAAGUUGUGGAAGUAGACGAGCGUGUGACCCUGGAGGAUUAUGCAGAGGACCCUCAACGCCAUAUUACAGCCACCAAUCCACGAGGGAGCACUUCAUCUGAUACUGACAUCGUGCAAGGCCUCUCUUCUGAGGCAGUGCGGGUCCUGAAGCGCCCGUCUGAAAAUAUGGUAAAACUGCAAUUACAAGAAGUAUAUGAUCGAGGAAUUCGCUGCAUCGCAGUGUGCCUAAUGCAUGGAUACACGUUUCCUGAUCAUGAGGCACUGGUGGGGCGUCUCGCUGGAGAGAUCGGCUUUCACCACGUUAGCCUCAGCCAUGAGCUUAUGCCCAUGAUUAAGCUCAUCCCGCGGGCCACUUCGGCAUGUGCGGAUGCAUACUUGACCCCAACAAUCAAGAAAUAUAUCUCGGGAUUUCAAGCUGGAUUUCAAGGAGGCCUUGGCAAGGAAAGUGUCAAGAAGCAGGAAGGUGCCUGGGGAGCCCGUUGCGAAUUUAUGCAGUCAGAUGGCGGCUUAGUCGAUGUUGAUCAAUUCUCCGGCCUACGAGCCAUUUUAUCGGGUCCAGCAGGUGGAGUGGUGGGCUAUGCAUUGACGUCGUAUGAUCACGAGGCGAAGAUCCCCAUCAUCGGGUUUGAUAUGGGUGGAACCAGUACUGAUGUCAGCCGAUAUGGAGCGGGUCGCUACGAACAUGUGUUUGAGACAACUACGGCGGGAGUGACCAUCCAGUCACCUCAAUUAGAUAUCAAUACCGUCGCGGCAGGUGGUGGCUCUAGGCUAUUCUACCGCAAUGGACUUUUUGUUGUUGGCCCAGAAUCUGCAGGAGCACACCCAGGCCCUGCGUGCUACCGCAAGAAUGGUCCAUUGACAGUGACCGAUGCUAAUCUCUUCCUUGGUAGGCUGGUUCCAGACUUUUUCCCCAGUAUCUUUGGCAAGGGCGAAAAUCAAGGGUUGGACGAACAAAGAAGCCGAGAAUUGUUCGAACAACUGGCCCAGGAUAUCAACGCAGAAAUGGCCCAGGGAGGACAAGGGAAAGGAAUGACCCCGGAUGAAGUUGCCUUCGGCUUUAUCAAGGUUGCCAACGAGACAAUGACCCGACCAAUCCGAUCCUUAACAGAAGCCAAAGGCCACGAUACUUCUAAACAUAGACUGGCCACCUUCGGCGGUGCAGGAGGGCAGCAUGCCGUGGCGAUUGCGGAAGGCCUUGGAAUCCGGCAGAUACUAAUUCAUCGUUAUUCUUCAGUUCUUUCUGCGUAUGGGAUGGCCCUGGCCGAUGUGGUUGACGAAAACCAGGAGCCAGAAUCCAAGACUUGGAGCGAUGAUCAAGGUGUCCGACAGGAUCUCAUGGAGAAGAUGGAUCAAUUGAAGACGAAGUCAUCCCACACGCUACGAGAGCAAGGCUUUGAGGAUGAAUCGAUUGUAUAUGAAGAGUAUCUCAAUAUGCGGUACCGAGGCACGGAAUCCGCUCUGAUGAUCUUGAAACCCAGCAGAGAAGAGGCCAAUCUUCUAUUUGGCGGGGAAGACUGGGCUUUUGGCAAGGCCUUUGUCUAUCAACAUGGGGAAGAAUUCGGAUUUACUCUACCGGACCGAGAUAUCAUUGUUGACGAUGUGCGGGUCAGAGGUAUUGGGAAGAGGUUUCAGAUGUCCGAGAAAACGGUGGAUGCACAACUUCGAGAAUCCCAGCCACGAGAUUUAGUGGAGGGCCGAGAAUACCGAAAAUCCUUGGUGUAUUUUGAGGGCGGUCGACAUGAAACACCCAUCUAUAAACUGGGUGAAUUGCAGAUCAAUGAUCAAGUCAAAGGACCGGCGAUCCUUGCCGAUGAUACUCAGACCAUCGUGGUGCCACCCGGGGCCUCUGCCCUUCUCAUCAAGACUCAUGUUGUUGUUCAUAUUGGUGAAUCUGGCGCCAGCCUGCCUCAGAUCAGUACCGAGACAGUAGAUCCGAUUCUCCUCAGUGUCUUUUCCCAUCGAUUCAUGGCCAUUGCGGAGCAGAUGGGACGCGCUUUACAGAAAACUAGUGUCAGUACUAAUGUCAAAGAAAGACUCGAUUACUCAUGUGCUUUAUUCGACGCCGAAGGUGGAUUAGUUGCGAAUGCACCUCAUCUCCCCGUUCAUCUCGGAAGUAUGUCCACCUGUGUUCGUAUGCAAGCUCAACUCUGGCAUGGCAAAUUGAAACCAGGCGACGUCAUCGUGUCCAAUCACCCCGAGUUUGGUGGCACUCACCUGCCUGAUAUCACGGUUCUUCAACCUGCUUUUAGUGACGGAAAUAUCAUUUUCUACGUCGCUUCGAGGGCACAUCAUGCUGACAUAGGUGGCAUCUUGCCUGGAUCUAUGCCCCCUCACUCCAAAGAGCUCUAUCAAGAGGGAGCUACGAUCAAGAGCGAGAAACUGGUUUCCGAGGGCGUAUUCAAUGAAAAACGUAUCACGGAGCUAUUGUACAACGAGCCGGCCCGAUAUUCCGAUUGUAGUGGAACCCGGUGUCUGGCCGACAACCUCAAUGAUCUUAAGGCUCAAAUUGCUGCCAACAAAAAGGGAAUCAAUCUGAUUAGCGCCCUGAUUGAAGAAUACGGGGAAAAGGUUGUUCUGUUCUACAUGCGUCAGAUACAAGAUAAUGCAGAGCUCAGUGUACGGAAUCUCCUCAAAGAGAUCAGCCUCAAAUUCGCCGGGCGCGAUCUGAGGGCAAUUGACUAUAUGGACGAUGGUACACCUAUUCAGCUACAAGUAUCAAUCAAUGCGGAAAAGGGCGAAGCGGUCUUUGAUUUUGACGGAACAGGUCCGGAGGUGUACGCCAACAUCAAUGCCCCAGAAGCCGUCACAUAUUCUGCAAUUAUUUAUUGCCUGCGAUGCCUCAUAUCCGACGACAUCCCGCUAAACCAGGGUUGUUUAAAACCAAUCGAUGUCCGCAUUCCCCAGAAGAGCCUCUUGUCUCCAUCAGAGUCUGCUGCAGUUGUUGGAGGGAAUGUUUUAACGAGUCAACGAGUGACCGAUGUCAUUCUGAGAUGCUUCCAAGCCUGCGCCGCCUCACAGGGAGAUACCAACAACCUGACGUUCGGAUUUGGCGGUAACAAGGUAGGUGAAGUGGAAAAACAAGGAUUUGGAUACUACGAAACCGUCGCUGGUGGGAGUGGCGCGGGACCUCACUGGGAGGGCACAUCAGGAGUGCAUACUCAUAUGACUAAUACGCGUAUCACCGACGCCGAAGUUUUCGAGCGACGAUAUCCCGUUGUCCUGCGGGAGUUUAGUCUACGAGCCAACUCCGGUGGAGAGGGACAACAUCGCGGGGGGGACGGGGUCACCCGAGAGAUCGAGUUUCGUAUCCCUGUCCAGGUUUCUAUCCUCUCCGAACGUAGGGUCUUUCAUCCGUACGGACUGGAAGGGGGUGAAGACGCCAAGUGCGGCCAGAAUCUUUGGGUGCGUCUUGUUCAACGACCUGAUGGCGAGUGGGAAGAACGAGUUAUCAAUUUGGGUGGGAAGAAUUCUGUCCAGAUGCAACCGGGAGAGCGUAUUAUCAUCCAAACUCCUGGAGGUGGGGGAUGGGGCCGAGUCGGCGACCAACACAAGCUUCUUCAUCCAAAGGAUGCCCGUCUCGGCUGGCGGGGAGGUUCAAUUGCCAACCGAGAAGCCACUCAGGGUGCAAGUAUGUGA